UCAACCAGAGCGAAGACCAAGAAAGGAGCGGCAAUCGGCCUUUAGGCCUAAGGCCUUGAUCGAAGAUCAUCUCAAACAUGGCAGCAAUGCUAGAAAAGCGAAGCCGGCUACCUCGAAGCCCCACGGCGGUGGCACUUCUGUGCGUGUGCGUUUGGAUCCAGCUGGACAUCGCUACGGCAGCCAAUGUGGACUGUGUCGUAAGCGACUGGAGUGCGUACUCGGCUUGUGAUACCUCGACCAUGAAGCAGUACCGCACCCGCACCAUCGUGAAGGCGCAGUCUGGCUGGGGGCGAGCGUGCCCCGUGCUCAUCGAGUACGUCGCCUGCAAGCCCGUUCCCUGCGAGCUGAGUGCGUGGUCCGACUACUCGACAUGCAGCGGCGGCUACAAGAAGCGUACCCGAACGAUAGUGAAGGACGCUCUUUACGGCGGAACCCCCUGCGGUGUUAUGGAGGAAACAAUCGCGUGCAAGCCUGUGGACUGCUACGUCUCAAGAUGGAGCGACUGGAGCGCGUGUGCAGCACUCGACGGCAAGCAGAUCUCCACGCGCGAUGUCCUCGUGUACCCCUACGACGGAGGUGCGGCGUGCCCGGAUCUCGUUCAAACGCAGUGGUGCCCCAAGGUCGACUGCGUCGUAGGCGAGUAUGGGUCCUGGUCCGAGUGCGAUCCAGCCACAGGCGCCAAGACGCGCACGCGGAAGAUAACGACGGCUCCUCUGUAUGGUGGCGUCGCGUGCCCAACACUCACCGACGUCGCCUACUGCACCGCCGUGGACUGCGUCAUGAGCGAGUACACCGCUUGGAGCACCUGCAACGAAGCCACUGGCCUGAAGACACGGACUCGGACGGUAGUGACCCCCAGCAACUUCGGCGGAGUCGCGUGUGGAGCUUUGGCUGAUACCACACCCUGCGAUCCCAUCGACUGCGUCGUUGGUGAAUGGGGUGCGUGGGGAGAUUGCAACCUUGAUGACGGUGCGAAGAAGCGAACACGUCCGGUGACCACGCCUGUCAAAUACGGCGGCGCUGCGUGCCCCGCCCUCACUGAGACGCUGUACUGCACCAAGCAAGACUGCCAGGUGAACGACUGGGGUAGUUGGUCGUCCUGCAACUUCGCGACGGGGAAGAAGACACGGAGCCGGACGCCGAAGAUCUACGACCUAUUCGGUGGCCAGGCAUGUCCAACACUAUCGGAAGAAGCCUCAUGUGAUGCAGUCGCCUGCCAGCUCAGCGACUGGGGUGCCUGGUCUGGGUGCUACCCCACCACGCUGAAGAAGACCCGCUCGCGCAGCAUCACGAGACAGCCGAUGUACGGAGGCGCUGCCUGUGACUCGCUCACUGAAGAGGCGACGUGCGUUGUGGACUGCGUGCUCUCAGACUGGAGCAGUUGGUCUGCCUGCAACUUUGUCACGGGCCUCAAGACCCGCACCCGCCAGGUUGUGACGUUCCCACAGACCAACGGGGCAGCAUGCGGAGCCACGUCCGAGACGGCGGCGUGCGACCCAGUCGACUGCCAAGUCUCGGACUGGUCCGACUGGUCCGGGUGCAACCAGAAGACCAUGCAGCGCACGCACAUCCGCCAGAUUACCACGUACCCUGCCUAUGGAGGUCAAGCGUGCCCCGCCCUGAGCGAGUCCGAGGCAUGCAGUGGACAGCAGUAAAGUCACUUUAACUAAAUAAGUGACAAGUUGAAGACAAAAAGCGUAUGCGAUCUGUUGAAACGUUAAAUCGAAUCAUACGGAUUGAUGCAAAAUAAACAUGUACUCGUCUUUU